GCUAUCAACAGGUGGCAGCGUUUGUGUUCCAAGAAAAACAUGGAAUUUGUUUUUCCUCAUUUUUUCAAAUUCCAAUGGAAAUUUAAUUAACUAAAUUAAUUGUUUUAGCUUUUUUAAUUGUUAAUUUUCUUCUAAUUAGCAACUUUGCAAAGAUCUAUUUAAUUGCUGAUUUAUUAUGUCUAAUUGUGUAGUGGAUGAUGAUUCUUCUGGAUCAGAUGAUGAUUAUAUUGAAGAGCCUUUUAUUGAUACAUCACUUGAAGGAGUUUGUCUUUUUUGUGAUCAAACUGAAUCUGAUUGUGAAAAUUUACUUGGUCAUUUGAAAAUUGGUCAUUCAUUUGAUUUGAGAGAAUUUGCUUCCACUCAUCAUCUUGAUUCAAUUUUAUAUAUUAAACUAAUCAAUUUUAUCCUCUGCCAAAUGGGUCCUGAACAAGUUGCUGGAAUUAUGGUUAAAGAUGAUUGGAAAAAGGAUGAUUACAUGAAACCAGUUAAAGAAAAUGAUCUCUUAUUAACUUUGGAUAUUGGUGAUGACUGGGAUGAUUCUGAGGAUGUAAAGUUGACACCAUCUCAACCACCUUGUGAACAACAAACUGAACUCUCAGUAUUACAAGACGGAAUUAGAAAGAUCCAAACUUUAAUCACUGACAUUACCAACAUGGAUGAUAUAAGUGAUUCCAAUCAAAAUUUAGACAAUGACAGUUACUUUUUCAGUUAUGCUCAUCACACCAUCCACUGGGAAAUGCUUUCCGAUCGACCACGAACUGAAACAUACCGUAAAGCGAUAUUAGACACCGAUAAAUUUCUCGGAAGUUCUUGUCUUGAUAUCGGUUGUGGAACUGGAAUUUUAUCUCUAUUUGCAUUCAAAGCGGGAGCAAGUAAAAUCGUCGCCGUUGAUCAGAGUGAUAUAAUUUAUUCUGCUAUGGAUAUUGCACAAGAAAAUGGAGCUCAUGAUGCAAUUACCUUCAAAAAAGGUAAAUUAGAAGACUUGGAAUUUAAUGAUAAGUUCGAUAUAAUCGUUUCCGAGUGGAUGGGAUAUUUUCUACUCUUCGAGGGGAUGAUUGACACCGUAAUCACUGCCAGAGAGAAAUAUCUUAAACCAGGAGGUUUAAUGUUACCCGGAAGCUGUUCAAUCUUCAUGGCCGCUUUGUCCAAUGAAAAGAUUUACAAUGAACGGAUUAAUUUCUGGAACGAUGUUUAUGGAUUUAAAAUGACCUCAAUGAAGAAAGAUGUUCUCAGUGAGGUUUUAAUUAAAGAAGUUAAUAGUCAAUCUCUUGUCAGUGAUCAACUUGAGGUGAAAAAGUUUAACCUGUCAACUUGUACAAUCAAAGAAGCUCAACAUGUUGAAAGCUCUUUCUCAUUAACAAUUAACUCUUCAGGUAUUGUUCAUGGGCUAGUUUUCUGGUUUGAUUGUUAUUUCGAUGGAUCAAAUUGUAUCACAUUAAGUACCUCACCACAUUCACCAUCAACUCAUUGGAAACAAUCAAUUCUAUUUUUCAAAGAACCAAUUAAUUGUAAAGAAGGUGAAAGUUUAACUGGUAAAAUUGAAUUAUUUAGAAAUUGUGAUGAUUUUCGAGCUCUGCGAAUACAAUUAACGAUUGAUGGUAAAGGAAUUCAAAAAUACAUCAUGAAUUAGCUAUUCUAAUUGUAGCCAAUUGAUUUCACUAUUUUCUUAAUUUAUCAAUAAAUUAUCCAAAGAAAGUAAAAAA